GGAAUGAGAAAUCAUCAUUUAGUUAGCCCGCUGCUAGCUGUCUGAAGCUGAGCUGUUAUUAGCGUUGUAGCCGAAAUCAGUAGAUUAUUUAACUUUUGUUAGGUGCAAAGAUGACCCUCUGACAUCAAGUAUGGACAUAAGUUAACAAUGACGGGGGAGAAAAAGAAGAAAAAGCGGCUGAACCGCAGCAUUCUUCUUGCAAAGAAAAUUAUAAUAAAAGAUGGAGGAAGUCCUCAGGGAAUCGGUGAGCCCAGUGUUUACCAUGCUGUGGUGGUCAUUUUCCUGGAGUUUUUUGCAUGGGGUCUCCUUACCACCCCGAUGCUCUCGGUAUUACACCAGACAUUCCCCCAACACACAUUCCUGAUGAAUGGGCUUAUCCACGGUGUAAAGGGCCUAUUAUCGUUUCUGAGUGCGCCACUGAUUGGAGCGUUGUCAGACGUAUGGGGCCGCAAGUCCUUCUUGCUGCUUACAGUCUUCUUCACAUGCGCGCCCAUUCCACUAAUGAAGAUCAGCCCAUGGUGGUACUUUGCGGUCAUCUCCAUGUCCGGUGUCUUUGCCGUCACCUUCUCUGUGAUCUUUGCCUAUGUGGCAGAUAUCACACAGGAACAUGAGAGGAGCACAGCAUACGGUUUGGUAUCGGCUACCUUUGCGGCCAGCCUGGUCACCAGCCCGGCCAUCGGAGCCUAUCUGUCUGUUGCCUACGGUGACACCUUGGUGGUGAUCCUGGCCACAGCCAUUGCACUGCUUGACAUCUGCUUCAUUCUGGUGGCCGUACCGGAGUCACUUCCGGAGAAGAUGAGGCCAGCAUCAUGGGGAGCACCCAUCUCCUGGGAACAGGCAGACCCCUUCGCUUCUCUGCGUAAGGUGGGCCAGGACUCCACGGUGCUCCUCAUCUGCAUCACAGUGUUUCUCUCCUACCUCCCCGAGGCCGGCCAGUACUCCAGUUUCUUCCUCUAUCUUAGACAGGUCAUAGGCUUCACAUCAGAGACAGUGGCUGCCUUUAUCGCUGUUGUGGGGAUCCUCUCAAUACUAGCACAGACUGUGGUGUUGGGCAUCCUGAUGCGUUCCAUAGGAAAUAAAAACACAAUCCUGCUCGGCUUAGGCUUCCAGAUCCUCCAGCUUGCGUGGUAUGGCUUUGGCUCUCAGCCCUGGAUGAUGUGGGCUGCUGGAGCAGUUGCAGCCAUGUCCAGCAUCACUUUCCCUGCUAUCAGCGCCAUUGUGUCCCGUAAUGCAGACCCUGACCAACAAGGUGUUGUCCAGGGGAUGAUUACUGGAAUUCGGGGCCUGUGUAACGGUUUGGGCCCUGCUCUUUAUGGUUUUGUCUUCUACCUGUUCCACGUGGAGCUGACUGACACGGACGGCUCUGAGAAAGGUGCCAAAUCCAACAUGGCCAACCCCACAGAUGAGAGUGCCAUCAUCCCGGGUCCGCCCUUCCUGUUUGGUGCAUGCUCAGUGCUGCUGUCUCUGCUGGUGGCCCUGUUUAUCCCGGAGCACACGGGGCCCGGCAUGAGGCCUGGCGCCUAUAAGAAGCACAGCAACGGGGCACAGAGUCACUCCCACAGCCCUCAAGGCAGCGGGGCCGAGGGCAAGGAGCCACUGCUGGAGGACAGCAGCGUAUAACCUCAGCUUGGGGUGGGCAGACACCCUCGCUCCAACCAAACACCCUCCCACACACAUGGACAGAUACUUAUACAUCUUACCACAUGGACACACACACUCACCUCAGGCACACAUCAGACUUGAAAAGGUGCCAUGAAAAGGUGUUUGUGUCCACAGCACAAAAGUGGGCACUCCUCCCUUAGCGGCCCUUUUUCUUUUUUAAAGCAGGGUAUUGUGAGGACUCUCUAAAGACCCUGUAAAGAGAGUUGUGUUGAGUAUUUUUCGGGCUGCAGUGGAAAGGUGUGUGUGAGACACAGCUGAGUUGGACUCUAAUCCUUGGUUUCUAUAAAGCAGUAACAGAGUGGAGCAUACCCCCGCCCCUUCCGGGGCAAAACAGAACAGAAGUGAUUUGGUUUAGAGUGUGAGUGGGUUAUAUCUCAGAUGUUACUAAAUCCCUGUGUGACUCUUCAUAUUCCUCUGUAGCCAGUGGCAACUUUGUCUGUUUGUCCAAUGAGAAUGUAACAGUUGAGCACUUGGUUUUUCAUAAGGUAACAUCUGUUCUGAUGCUUGUCGUUGCGACAGCUCUGUUACAGCAUCCAAGAAAGGAACACAGUUCUUCCUCUGUGUGCUUGGCGGCGAAGCACAGCAACAGUAUACCUGUGAGGGGAGUCUCCGCAGAUGAGUGUUGGAGAGGCGCUGCCUAAUCUAGGUUAGGAUGGGUCAACCAGUUCAGAUAUAAAAAGCUUCGUAAGACCACACUUUGUUUAAACAUCACACUUCUUACAGAGACGUGUGUGAGAAAGACCACUUUAUUAGCUGAAACUGUUUUUCAAUGUUUACUUGCCAUUCUCAAGAUAAGUCGUACAGUUUGAGUUGUAUAUUUUUCUCUGUUCAAACUGAAGUCUAGUUGUGCUUCAACUUCUUAUUCAAGAAACAAAUGUUGCCUCAAAGUGACUUAAUAUAUAUAUAUUUAUUUAUAUAUAUAUUAAUUACGUAACCUGUAUGAAGACCGAGGUCUGAGAAGGCUCUGUAAUCUUACGCUAUUGCUCCCAUCGGAGCCAUUACACACUUUUUAUUCCUUUUUGUUUUCAUGCCCUUCCCGUUUGUUUCCUGACAUUAAUCACCAUCAGGGUUAAGGCUUAACAUUGGUUUUAUUGUAAAAACCUCUGGACCAUUUGGAGCUAGAGCGUUGCUAUCAGCAUGUCAGUGUUGGCACUGACUGUUAAUAUGGCGUCUUUGAAUUAAUAUCAGUAGGUUGAUCAGAAUAUCACUCAUGCUGCUGCAGUAGAUAAUUCAAAGGCUACGUGUGGUGUAAUGUGGGGGAUAAAGAUUUCUUCAGUGGCAAUUGGGCAUGAACUUUGAAACGGUUUCACAGAAUCCUUGACAUUUAAGCUCCAGUACAAAUGUUUAUAACGGGCACUGCACAUUUCUUAAACAGUAACUAACAGAUGGUAGAUAUUGUAGGCUACAUGAGAAGCACCUGGUGGAAUUGGCUUGUAACUCACAAUCUCACAUUUAACAUGCUUCAGAUACUCCACAAGGGGGAGAUAUGUGGUUAUGUCAGACCAGUACUAUACAGGCCAACCUGCGCCAACUAUAGGGGGGCAGUUGCAGCAGUAGUUCGGACUUGUAGAUAAAAACAAUGUUGCCCUGUACAGGUAAGCAAUGUAACAGCUGCAAUUUUAGCAAAUAUUACAUCUGCAGAUGUUCCUUUUUAAAAGCUGAUGUGUUUUGAGUAUUUUUACGGUUUUACAUUUUCCACAGGUACGAUAAAGUAAAAAUAUUCAUUAAUGUCACUCUAGGUUCAAGAUUUAAAAUGACAGAUUUUGUCCUCCCUUCUACCCUUCAGUGGAUAAUUAAUCUAAAAAUGUAAAUCUACAAAGUACCCAAGAGGAUGGUACUUGAGCUCAGAGGUUACAUGAUUGAGAGCUUUUGAACUGUGUAGUUGUCCAAAAAUGCAUUAGUAAAUAUGACCCACUUAACAAAUAAAAUAAAAUGUAAAACCUCAAAUAUGCACACUUGAAAUGAGCUUGCAAGUGUCAAAGUGCAGCAUCUAUUAUAGUUAGAUGAUGCACAUCAGCAUGCCUACCUGCUGGUCUGAACUGCAGCUGUUACUUUUCUUGCCAAUAGGUGGUCCAGGUUGAACUUGGAAAAAGCAGGUCUGAAGCUGCUGGUGCUGCAUCCCCGUAAUUGGAUAAUAUACUUUAGGUGCUUCGCAUCAGUGACUGUGUGUUCCUGUUGUUCACAUACUGUGUCAGCAACUGGUAAAUGAUCCUUGUUGUAAUUUUUAACAUUUCAUUUAGAAAUGCCUCAAGUGCGUUUAAAUAGCCAAAUUACAACCUGAUACGGAUUAGUAGCCAAAAGAGUUUCAUGCUGUUAAACAUCUGUCUGAAGAGAAAUGUACGUCAUAUAUAUUUUGUGCCAAAAAAAUAUUGGUUUGCUUUUUCAUACUGUGUGUGUGUAUGUGUGUUUGCGUACUUGAGUGAUUUGGAUAUUUUUUGUUUUCUCGUCUUAAUUUCUUUGGCUGAAGGUUUAAGUUUUAACGCUAUUUUUUUAUAGCUUUUUAAAACUUUGUCCAGUCAUUUUUAGGCAUCUUUUGAACAUUGUGGCUAGAUGGUAAAUUAUCGAAUGUCCAUCUGUCUGUCUUCAGGCUUCAUUUGAUAACAAGCAUUUCACCGUGGUUAGUUACAUUUGAUAAGCUAAUUUUUCCCAGAUUUAUCAGUAGUUCAUAACAAAAGUCGCUGAAUGUUCCAAGCCAAGCUGUACAUGUUGACCACGCUACACGCUCAACAUUUUGACUUAACCUGUCAUAGUUUUUAUUAUUUCAGAGGGGGUGUUACUAGACAAGAGGUCAUUUGUGUGGAUUUAAUUUCUGAAUAUCAUUAUUUUUUUGUAUUAUUUAUCAUUUAUUGGACCAACACAUAGAUA